UUCAGGUCACAAGACUCAAGUCGAUCUUCACCAGGUGCCCUUUGGCAAGUUGACCUGAAGUUAACUCACUUGGACUGGAACCCUAAAGCAACCCUGAUACACUUUCAGGGUCAGUACCGCACCAUAUUUGGGAUGCUGACAGAGCUGCCACUGACACACAACAUAGGCCUUCCCAUCAAGAAGCCAAGAGGACAAGAGUUUUUCCUCAAAUCAUCCGGACGGCAGAGUUUUAUAGACUUCUUGUCCGUCUGUGGACCUACAUUGACUUGCGGGAUACAAGCUAAAGUGCGCGUAACUGCUGCUUCCAACCUUGGACAGUUUUACUGUCAGAUGGUCAGUUCGGAGGAAAGUCUCCGGCAGAUGUCAAAGAAGUUGGCUAUGAUUUAUGAGUUCAGAUCCGAAGAACAGGAGAACCUCAGUGAACUUGUUGCAGCUAAAGGAAAGGAUGGGAAAUGGUACAGAGGCUUUCUGCAGUUUUUCCCCGAGAACUCCCCAGAACAAAUGAGAGUUUUGUUCAUUGACUACGGAUUCUUUGAGUCUGUCAGUGUUAACAACAUCCGCAGAUUGCCAGCUGAUUUUUAUUCGGCGCCUGUCAUGGGAAUCCCAUGCUCGUUCUCAAGUGUGAUCGAUCAGGGUACAGCAAUGAAAAGUCAGCAGUUGAGUUUCCUCAAAGCAGGUUUGCUUGGUGCAGUUUUGGUUGUGCAGAUCGAUAGUUUCAGUGAAGAUCACUAUUUGUACAGUAUCACUAUAACUGGGGUUGAAGAGGAGCAUGUGGAACAGCCAAAAAGCACCCAUAAGCAACUCACUGAGCAAGUUGCUGAUGCUGAAGAACCGGGGCCUGAAGAUGGCUAUUCAUUCUACGAGAUGACGGUUAGCAAAGCACUGGGUGAAGUGCUAGAAGCAGCGAAAGUGCAAGCCGGCUCGGUCUUUGAGGGUUAUGUUGAACAUGUACAGCAUCCCAACCACUUUUGGGUCACAACACAAAACCGCAGUUGUGAGUUUCGGGAAAUGAUGACCAAAAUGGCUGAUCACUUCAGUCAAGUGAAGCUGGACGAAGACAUACUGGUGAAUCCGAAGCCGGGGGCAAAGUGCUGCGCCCUUUAUGAGGAAGACAUGCACUACUACAGGGGUGUAGUGAUAACCCCCCUUAAAUGUGGAGCUGAAGUCCUUUUUAUUGACUUUGGAAACAUUGCAAAAGUGCCCCACAUGGUGAUCAAGAACAUACCAGAGGCAUUCGCCAACAAAUCAGGAUUUGGGAUUUGUUGUAGUCUGGCUAAUGUUUUUCCUUUUGAGGACUUCUGGCCCAGCACCACAUGUAACUCUUUUAGAAAAGCUGUGGCAAACAAGGUGUUGCUAGUUCAUGUUCUCCAGGUGAGAAAAAAUAAACUUGUUGUUGACCUCUUUGAGAAGGGAAGUGAAAAGAGGAUAUCUGAGAUUUUCAACUUUCCUGAGGUAGCGUGGCACUUUCCUGUUGAGCCUGUGGUGCAAAACGAGAUGGAUGCAACAGAGAGAAAUAGGCCCCGACAGUCCAGCCUGAGAGGAAACACACCGGUAAGAGGAAAGCAAGAGCAAUGGGAGGUUUGUGAAGAGAAAGAGGUGGUGUGCAGAAAUGAAAUAAAAAAAGUCCAAGGCCCUCCUGGCUUCAGGCCUUUGACUAUCAAACCUGGAUGCGAGUUUGCAGUAUGCUGCCCUCAAAUAACAUCUCCAUACGACUUCUGGUGCCAGCCUCUAGAAAAAGCUCCAGCUUUGCAGAAACUGAUGGAUGAAGUUCAGCAGUAUUACGAAGCUCAAACAGUCCCGCUCCAGGCUGGGGAUCUGUGUUGUGUCGCCAAGUAUCCUCAAGGUGGAAAAUGGUACAGGAGCUUCAUUCUGGGAUACCAGCAGGAUUGUGUCAAAGUUCUACUAGUUGACUAUGGAUUUAUUAUCCAAGUGAGAAGGCCCAAUCUUCAGGGAAUAUUGCCGGAGCAUGUUUUGUGUUUGGAAGGACAAGCAUUCAGGUGCAGUUUUCAGACCCUAAUUGAACCUUCAGAUCUCCAAAACUGCAGUGUCUGGAAUCUUGAGGCCCGUAACGUGUUGAAAGACUUUGUACUCAACAACACUGGCAGUUUAAAAUGCCAAGUCACCUCCCAGUUAAAUGUGAAAAACAAAGGGCUGUGCAAUAUUGUUUACCUCUACAGCGCCCAGCAGCGUGUCACGGAUGCACUUAUAGAACAGGGCCAUGCGAUAAACGCAGCAGCUUCGACGAUGCAACAGUCAACGGUGAAUCCUGAGUCCUUUGUGUACUCCUCAUUUGAUCUGGAACCUGGGAACCAAGAAAAAGUUUACGUCACACACGUCAACAGUCAGUGCGAGAUCUACUGCCACCUCGACAAAAACAGCGACAUCAUUGAAGAGCUUGAAAUGAAAAUCUCAGAGGAGAGCCGAAGGUUGAUGCAAGACGGCGGCAGAGCUGUUGUACAAAAGCUGUGCUUGGCCAAAUAUUUUGAUGGCAAAUGGUACAGGGGUGUGGCGUUGCCUGCUCCGUCGCCGCUGUAUGUCAGCGUGUUUUUUGUGGAUUAUGGAAACACAAAAAUAUCGGAGAAAAACAAAGUCAUGUUUAUUCCCAGGGACUGUGUGGAUUUGUUGCUCACACCGAUGCAGGCUGUGAGAUGCAACCUCAGUCUAGUCCCCAAAGAGCUGUACGCAGACGUCAAAGACUGGCUGAGUGGCGCCGUGCUUAACAAGUUGGUGAAAGUCGUCAUACGAGGAAAGAACGAUGAUGGUUCAUUUGAUGUGGAGCUGUUUGAUGGAGAGACUAACGUUAAUGAGAAGGUAAAGGAGCUCGUUCUCAGUCUCUCACAUAAACCGACAACUGUUCUGGCCAGCGAUGGCAAAGUUGAGACAAAAAAGAAAGGUCAGGACACGGGAAGCACCAAGCCGGCAAAAAAGUGGAAGCGUCCUCACAAAGGGCAGAAUUCAACCACUGCACGCACACAAAAGAUGAACAAGAACACACAAGUAAAACAGCCGAAAGAGAAUGCAAAGAGCUCUGCUCCAGGAAAAGCUUGCACACGGUCCAAGGUAAAACAACAAAAGGGGAACCAGGAUGCAAAGUCCAGAGAGGUAACGGGAGUUUCCCAGCCCUCAUGUUUCCUCCACAAGAACAUUUGUCCAGGGUCCAGGACCAGAUGUUACGUGUCCCAUAUCGACUCCGUUUGCAGCUUUUUCCUGCAGUUGUCAGAGGAUGAGCCUGCCAUCUUGAAAAUGGCCGAGGAUCUUAACUCAAGUGUCUUCAAGGCCUCCCUGCAGACAGCCACAUCUUUGAGGAUUAAUGAUAUGGUGUUGGCUGAGUUCGAGGAGGAUGGUGGGCUGUAUCGUUCAGUUGUAAAGAGCAAGAAAGACGAUUCCUCUUUCAGAGUAUCGUUUGUGGACUAUGGGAAUAUGGGUGCUGUUGGGAAGGAAAAGAUCUAUCUUCUACCUAAGGAGUAUCAGUCUCAACCAAGAUUCAGUAUACCAUGCUCACUGCUGGACUCAGGCGCUCACAAGAGUGCCGCUGCUUUCAUCGACGCUGUGAUGGAGAGGCCACUCAUGGUUGACUUUGUUAGCCAAAAUGGGAUUUGGUGGCAUGUCAAGAUUGAGAUUCUGGAUCAAGAUGGUGGACCCGAUGCCAUGCCUGAAAGCAAGACCGGGUCUCCUCCAAGAGUACAUAAAGCAGAAGAGAAAGUGAGACCCUGUGAAGAGAGUUUACCAGAAAGCUUCCAGAAUGAGAUGCCUGUUGAAUCGGUGUCGGCACUCGUGUGUGAAGAUGUGACGCCCCCGUCUCCACCCGUCCAGCUGCCAACCAAACCCAGGGUCAAACUUUACAAACACCUCAGGCAAAGACCCACGAGAAGCAAGACGCAGGUGAAGGAAGCAUCAUCUGUCAAAGUAAAGAGAGGCUUCACAAGCGUCCUCUCGCCCCUGAUGAUUCGAGCCCGAGACAUAGAAAAUGGAACGAUUUUGUCCAUCCAGACUGAUGGUAGUUUUUACGUCAGACUCACUAAGACCAAUAACUUGCUAACUGUGUUGGAAAGACACAUAGCUGACAAUCUAAACGAGUGUGAUGCGAUUGCUGGAGAGGAUAUCAAACAAGGCCUCAAUUGCUUAGUCCAGGUACAGAACAACACGUGGCAGAGAGCUGUUGUACAGGAUAUAGAUGGAGAAAACAUCCAGGUCCUCCUCGUGGAUCAUGGAAUAAUAAAAGACAUCCCAGCUGGCUCUAUUCAACAACGGUGCAGUGGCCUCACAAAGUUCCCAAACCUUGCAGUCUUGUGCAGAAUGAGCUUUCCUGGGUUCGGGGAGGGAGAAGGUCCUCACACUUCCUGGUGUGAAACUCUAAAACCAAUAAUCGGCACAGAAAUCACGCUGGUGUUUGUGCGUUAUUCUGAGGCUCGUGACCUCUGGAUGGUUGAGAUAAAAAUGCGUGGACUGGUUCUUCUCCAGCAAACAAAAGCCCCACAACACCAAAAUGAAACGAAGCUCCCACUUUCUGCUGAAACCCAAAGUGAGUGCUCGGAAAAAGAAGCUCCCUCAGACACAAGCCCUCCUCCGCAGCUUUUCUUUGCCCCUCUUGACACGAACAAAGCAUACUCUGGUGCUGCUGCCGCAGUUACGACUCCCUCCGAGUUCUGCGUUGUUGUCGAAGAUUUGUUCCUCACCAUGAACCAACUGUCCAUCAUGUUGGACGACCUGCCUGGAGAGAUGCCUUCUCUCCCCGAGGCCCACCUCGUCCCAGGCAACUGCUGUCUGCUAAAAUCGCCCUGUGGGGACAAGUGGUGCAGGGCUGAGAUUGUAAAUGCAGACACCAGAGUUGUCCUGAACCUUGUGGAUUACGGCUACUGUGAAUCCGUGCCACUUCACGACCUCUGCCAGCUAAAGACGCUUCCGGUGGAACUAAGUAAACUCCCCAAAACAACCUACGCCUGCGCCCUGAGAGGGGUGAAACCGGCUGGUGAGGAUGACCAGUGGGCCGAUGAGGCCACGGUCUUCUUCCAGCAGUGUUUGUACCAGAAGAACCUCCAGAUCUUUUUCAGGGAGCCUGUGCCUCACUCCCACUGGCAGGUGGACAUUCUCUCAGAGGGAGUCCAUGUUGCCAAGGAGCUGGUGGAUGCUGGACAUGCCACCUAUGUAGAUCUAUUAUUACAUAAACAAUGGCAGGUAAAAACUCCCAUAGUGAGAGAAAAACCUUAAGCCAAACAGUGGCAAGAAAAACUCCCCUUUAGGAGGGAAGAAACCUGGACCAGGAACUGGAUCAUAAGGGGGGGACCCUCCUGCCGAAGGCCAGAGUGGGGGGUCGGGGACGUCAGCAGCACACAUCAGGCAGGUGGAAGGUGCAGGUCAGCACGCAGCUCCUGAAGCUCUGGCCUGCAAACAUGCACAAAACAGAAAAAAGGGGACCAGCACAAGAAACUACAGGAACGAUGGACAAAAAUGAUGGCUAUGAGAUAUUUAUGCGAGUGCAAGACGUGCAACCAGGAUUUUAGCCACAGAGUUGAUUUGGCGAGUCACAUGAAGAAUCACCCAGAGAAGUCUGGUGAUUGGUAACAAAUGAAGCUCAUGUCGUUGUCCUCCGGGAGCAGCUGUCCCUCCUGUCUGACCCGCAGGAGAAGAGACCUGCAGAAGUGCAACCACCACCUGCUGUGGCUGAUGAGCCUAAUCCCCUUCCCCACAAAGGUUGCAGGUUCAUGUACUUUUUUCGUGUACUUUUUUUUUUU